UAGUCCGGGGAUCACAUAACAAUGUCACGAUUGGGCCUAUUCACACUGCUGUUCGGCUUGGCUCUGGUUGCCGCCGAGCAAGGAUAUGAGGGCUAUCGCAUCUAUGAGGUUACUCCUACCAAUGCGGCACAGGGCAAGUUACUGCAUGGCCUUAGCCAGCAGGGCUACGACUUUCUUAGCCUGAGCCGGUUAGUGGGACAUCCUUCACGGGUCAUCGUUAGUCCCGCGCAGCUGAGUAGCUUUGAAGAGUUGCUCAAGGAGCAGUUGAUUAGUAAUCGCCUCCUCAAUGACAAUCUGGGGGCUACCAUUGCUAUGGAGUUUGCUCAGCGGCAAUUACAACGGCGCCUUUCACCAAUUACGGGAAAGGGUCGCUUGAGCACGGAUCGCUAUUAUACGCACGAGGAGAUCACCAACUAUAUUGAUGACUUGGCCGCGCGGUAUCCGGAGCGUGUGUACGUCAAGACCGUCGGCUGGUCAUAUGAGAAGCGUAUUAUAAAAACCAUUACAAUUACAAAUGGGGACAGACGUCCCAACAAGAAGGUGAUCUUUAUGGACGGUACCUUCCAUGCUCGGGAAUGGAUCUCGCCGGCAGCUGUGCUGUAUGUGAUUGAUCAGUUGGCGGAGCAAUUCGAUCAGAAUGCCGAUCUGCUCAAGGACUAUGACUGGGUGAUUUUGCCAGUGGUGAAUCCAGAUGGGUAUGAGCAUACCCAGAAAGGCACACUGGCGCGUAUAUUCCGAAAGACUCGGCAACCCUACAAAUAUCUCGGACAGACCUGUUAUGGUGCAGAUCCCAAUCGCAAUUUCGAUUUCCAUUGGAAUGAGGAGGGUGCCUCAUCGACUCCUUGCGUGGAUACCUAUGCCGGGCCGAAACCUUUCUCUGAACCGGAGACAGUCGUGGUGCGUGAUCUGAUGCACUCGCUGGCGGAUCGUGGGGUUAUGUAUCUAACCAUACACUCCUUUGGAAAUUACCUGCUCUAUCCUUGGGGCUGGACAAACGAUUUACCAGAAACUUGGAUGGAUCUUGAUGAAGUGGCAAAGGCUGGCGGUGAUGCUAUUGAAGCUGCCACUGGCACCGUUUACGCGGUGGGUAGCUCCACCAAUGUCUUGUAUAUAGCCGCUGGCGCCAGCGAUGACUACGCUUUCUAUGCCGGCUUUAAUAUAUCCAUCACAAUGGAACUAAGUGGUGGUGGUAUAACAGGAUUUGAUCCACCCGCAAGUAAAAUUGAUGAGUUUGUAACGGAGACUUGGAUUGGUAUUCGUGCCAUGGCCGAAAAGGUUAUCGAAAAGUAUUAAGAUUUAUAUGUUAAAUACUUUUGUUAGCUUGAGUAUCUUAAGAGUUUCCAAAUAUAUGAUAUUCUCAGUA